CUGGAUAUGACGGCAAAGGUGAAGUAUAUCUCUGGCCCUCCCGCGCCUCAGCUGGAUCCUACGCUCAGCCUCGCCGAGGUGGUCUUUGCAGGCCUCAAGAGGAACAAUGUCAAGGCAACCGCUCAGGUAGAGGUGGAGACUGGGCGGGAGCUGACCUACGGGCACCUGGCCAGGCAGAGCCUCUCUGUGGUCCAGGGGCUGCUUCGAGAGGGCGUCGGUGAGGGCAGCACCGUGGCCAUCGUCAGCUUCAACAGCCAGGAGGCCCACGUCAUUUUCCUCGCCUGCAUCCUCAUCGGGGCCACUGCAGCCCCCCUCGACCCAUCUCUCUUGCCAGAGGAGAUGGCUGCCCUGCUAGAACUGGUGAGCCCCACGGUGGUGUACACCGAAGGAGGCAAGACCUUGAGGAAGAUAGAAGCGGCAUUAACCCUUCUCGAGAACGAGCCACUGCUGGUGGUGUCUGGGAGGAACAAGCACCCUUACACGUCUUUUCAGUCACUGCUACAACCAACUGACCCGGAAUUCAGGCCUAGUAUCACCAACAUAGAGGAACAUGUAGCACUCAUCCUCUUCACCAGCGGCACCUCUGGGCUACCCAAGGGAGUCAUGUUGUCCGACGCCUACCUCUUGAUGAGUGUAAAGUGUUUACGAAAUGACGUACCAGAAUUGGCAUUUCUUCUCACCUCGCCCUUGUUUUGGUUGAGUGGAGUCAUUUCAAUCCUCACUAUCAUAACCUGUGGAUUCAAAAUGAUAUUCCUAAGAGGACCUGCUAAAGAAGCUGUUAUUCUCAGCACUAUACAGAACUACAAGGUGAAUAUAUGGAUGGCAGCACCAACCACCCUGCAAAGCCUGCUGGUAUUUCCAAGCCGAGGGGCCUACGACAUAUCCACUCUACAAAUAGUCAACAGUGGGGGGGCAGCCCUCAGCGCUGACUCCCAACUGCGAAUUCAGAGAGAACUCUUCAGGAAUAGGACAAUGUUGUUGCAAGUUUAUGGAAUGACUGAACUUGGUGGAGUAGCCGUGAGUGCUCCGGGAAGAAUAAAGCCAGGAGCUUGCGGGACAUUGACAGUUGGUACAAGUGUCAAAAUCGAAGAUAUAGAAACGGGAGAGAGCUUGGGACCAGGAGAGGAAGGUGAAGUUUGCGUUAAGGUUAAAUAUUUCAUGCUCGGCUAUGCCAAGAACCCAGAAGCGACGAGCGCCACCUUCGAUGAAGACGGAUGGUUCCAUACCGGAGACAUCGGUUAUUAUGAUGAAGAAGGAUAUCUAUAUAUAAUUGACAGGCUCAAAGACCUCAUUAAAUACAAAUCAUACCAGAUAGCACCAGCUGAAAUUGAAAAUGUAUUAAGGACACAUCCAGCAGUCAAAGACUGCUCUGUUUUUGGAAUUCCUCAUCCAACAGAUGGAGAUCAUGCCACAGCUUUUGUAGUUGCUCAUAAAAAUGUUACUGAGAACGAAUUACUAGAAUAUGUUGCUGAAAGAGUUUCAGAAAACAAACAGAUCCGUGGUGGUAUAAGAUUUGUUGAAUUUAUACCUCGCACUUCAACUGGAAAACCCAAGCGACGGGCUUUGAGAUCACAAUUAAUGGCGGAAUUGCAGGGAAUUAAUUUCAUGAAAAGGUGGAAGACAUCAUCAGUAAAAGAAAAGAAGAACACAAAAAAUAACCAACUAGUCCCAGUUAAAAAAAAAAUCCUAGAUCUCCCCCAAAACUAGUGAAAUACUCUUUAUCUUCCAAUGUUUCAAAUAUUGAAAUAAUUUUGAAAGAAAUUAUACUUAUGGGGUUAGAAAGGCAUUUAUACUGCUCAUGCCAUAAGAAGAAUGUUGGUUGUAGAGCAUCAGACCAUCCGACAGUGAUCUCUCAUUGAAAAUAAUUAUCUACAAAUUUAUUUUUACAAAUGCACAUUAACAUUCAGUAACUUUAAUAAAAAAUGUUGAACUUAUUUUUAUGUUAGUAUUAAAAGUAAACAUCAAAUUCACUCAUUGCAUUAUAUAUUUUUCUAUUCUAUACCGGCAACUACAGAAUUAGAUAUAUUCAAAUAGGAUACUUAAAUCACAGAAUACCUAUUUCUAGCCUAUAAUAUCCUAAAGUAAUUUAGUUUUUAAGAAAUAAUAAAUUACUUAUUACAAAUAAGGAUGAAUAUAAACGUUCAAAUGAUUAUCAGUAAUAUUUAAAACAGAGAAAAAAUUGUAUAUUGUGUUUUAUAAACCAAUUCCCGAAUGGAUUUUGAGUGAUUUAGUUCAGAGUAGCAAUAUUUUAGUAGAUUUAAAUCAAAGAAUAACAAUAAUGCAAUAUCUAAUUGAAAAAAAGGUAUAUUAAUAAAAUGCCUAGAUAAAAAGACAUGACAAUAUCUGCACUAUAACAUGGUAGUAAAGAUCCCUUUUCCGGUCCUCAGGAGCAAUGGAUUUUAUGAAUGAAGUACCAAAUGAAUGGUAAUUCAACGGAGAAGUGACCAACCCGUUCCAAAACAUGAAACCUAACAACAAUCAUAAUAAAAGUAACAGUGUUUCAACUGCCUCCCGCGGUGCUACAUCCUACGCCCUGAUGAAGACCUGCAAAGUGGGUCGAAACGUCAGCAUAAAAAUUAAAUAAUACUAUUUCUAUAAUUUAGUUUAGUAUUUAUUUGACCGCACCCUCCAAUCAACUCCUUCUCAUAAUAAAAAUAAUUGAAAAACAUAAGAGGUUUCAAAUGUUGGCGGAUCGAGAUAAAAUAUAUUUGUUUUAAACAAUUUGAUGCAAGCCCUGGUAGAAAUAUAGUUCCAAAUAAACUAUCGUCCCUGCCCAUUAAAGCCCGAAAAUGUACCAUUUUCAAGAUAAAUUGUAAUUCUUUCAAAAAAUCGUUUAAUUUUUAUGGUUGCCAAGAGAUACAUAUCAAAUGUUUAGAUUUUAAAAAUUAAAAUAUCGCUAUUAUUUAUCACUGUCUUUGACAUAAACCAUCUGAUAGAAAAAUCUAUUGAAAAGAUAAAUGGAGAAAAAUCCAGUGGUUACUUUGGAUAAUACAGAAACAUUUCGAGCUCUUCUGCAUCAAACUAAUAGGUCUUUAACAUGUACAAGAAUCGAUUAGUAUAAAUUCAGCAAUGGCUGUGCCUAACUAUUAAGCUUAAGAGAUAUUUUUCAGUGGAAUAAGCUUAUCACUUAUAAGUAAAUUGUUUCUUUAACAGUCGAGUAAAAGUAUGAAGCUUUAUCAAUUAUGUUGAAUAGACUACCAUGAUAAUUUUAUUAUUGUAUAUACAAAUAACAUAUUUUGUCGAUGUUGUUUUUACGUCGAAUGCAUUAGUAAGGGAGAGAGAUAGCUAUCUAAUUUGAGUUCUGGUUGGUAUUAAGUAUUAAAUACAAAAGGUGAUCUAUCAGCAAUAUGCGUUAUAGGAGAAACCCUGGGAGCUUUUAUUUUAGAGUAAAACCUGUCUAAUGUUCGGUCUAACAAACAAUUUUUUUUUGCCAUCCCCUUAUAUUAUAGUAUGAUAUUUUUUUUUAACCCUAAAAUAUUGAUGCUUGGAAUUAAAUCACUCUGCCAUAACAUUCUAACAUCAUGUGUUCAAUUAAUCCUUUUCCUUAUAAUGUUAAGGCUUUAUAGAAAAGAAAAUAAUUCGGAAAACAAAGUAUUUUAAAUAAUGAUUAUUCACUUAUAUUAAUGUUUAAAAAACAAAACAUUUAAAACCAAAUAAUGUCAAAACUACCAUUAAAAUCAAAAAGUAUUAUAGUUAAUGUACUAUCUUUAUUUAGUAAGUAACACAAUAAAUAAGCUUAUUUUUUAAAAUAUUUAUAAAUGUUAUAAAAAUAAAAAUAGAAGAUUAAUAAAGUAUUAAUAUUUAUUUUGCUAUUCCCUAUUUAUACUAUGUAUACGGUCAUAUACUUUUUAUAAGAAUAGUAAAUUUUUAAUGGAAACAUUAACCUGCCAUGUAUUUUUCAGCGUUACUACAGUGUCUCACUCUCUUACUACAGUAAAUUAGAAAUAAUAGAGAGGUUUGUUAAAAUAUAACUUUGUUUGGUUUUCUGUUGACUCCUAACGAAGAGGCAGAAUACCAAAGACACUUAAAUUUAAAAAGUCUGGAAUAUAGUGAAUUUUCGGAAUGGGUUUAAAUUUUAUUUCUUGAUUGAUUACUAAGGUCACUACUGAAAAUCAAGGAUCUAAAGAAAAACAUUUGUUGGGAAGCAGCAGAGAUUUUCAUUUUAUUAUUUAAAGCAUCAGGGUCGUCAUGACAAUUGUAGGCGCCCAGGGUGAAAUUUAUUAGGAGUCCAUCUUAUACCUUCCCAUAUCCUACGCUCUAAUGUUUGCAAAUCAUUCUUAUUAUAUCUAGUAAUCGCAUGUUUAGUUUGAACCUCUUGCCAGCUUGUUAUUUUUCUUACAUCAACUGGAACUGAGGGUAGAAAUUAUAAUUUAUAACUGACAAGUUGAGGUGUAUGAAGGUCUAAACAAAGAUGAAGAGGAGUGAAAUACAUAUAUUAUAUAUUAUAUUAAAAAAUAUUAUGUUUGUUUUGAUAUUAGUCUCUCAUACAUGGUGGCCUUUUGGACGACAUUGGGAAGACAGACACAAUAGGUUGCCUCUGCAAAGCAGGUAUACACUAAUAUUUAAAAAUAAAAUUGUUCCUUUCAUCAAAAAUAUUCCAACUCGGUCAUCUUAUUCACUUCUUCAUCUCUUUAACCUUGUAAUGAGUCAUGACCUCCUGGAUUAGCCUAAACCGGAUGUCAUGGUUUUGUGCUUCUUACAACUCAAGUCAACAAAAUUUUGUUGUUAGUUAGGGUUUUAUGGCAUAAAACUUCGAGGUCAUCAACACCUGUGUUUUCACAAACACAACUGUAUUUAAUUUUGUUUAUAACUGAACUAGAUGUAAUUUACAACUUUUUAAAUUGUUUAAUUUUAAGAAAUGC